UUCUUGUUAAUUAUAAUUACUAAAUAGAAAAGUAGAAAUUAUAUCUACCUUUAAAAUAUUAGGCUUUAACUUAUUGAAUUACUUUUUGUGAAGUUCUAUAGUUGUGCUCCAAAUCUCCACAUUUAUUGAGAAAAAAAACAACAGAAUGCCUCCUAAAAAGGUAGAGGAACCAGAGAAGAAACCUCUCAUUGGAAGAGUUGGUACAAACUUAAAAGUGGGCAUUGUUGGAGUACCUAAUGUUGGAAAGUCAACAUUUUUCAAUGUCCUCACUAAAAGUCAAGCUGCUGCUGAAAACUUCCCGUUUUGCACCAUAGACCCCAAUGAAAGUAGGGUACCGGUCCCCGAUGAGAGGUACGACUUCCUCUGCGAGUAUCACAAGCCAGCCAGUAAAGUCCCCGCGUUCCUGAACGUAGUGGACAUAGCGGGACUAGUUCGCGGCGCCGCAGAGGGCCAGGGUCUCGGCAAUGCGUUCUUAUCGCACAUAAAAGCGUGUGAUGCUCUUUUUAAUUUAUGCAGAGCUUUUGACGACGAAAACGUCAUCCAUGUUGACGGUGAAGUGGAUCCAAUAAGAGAUUUGGAAACUAUCGGGGAGGAGUUGCGAUUGAAAGACGAAGAACAACUUUUGCAAAACAUCGAGAAACUAGACAGGACAGUCAAUCGCGGGGGUGAUAAAAAACUCAAACCUGAAUAUGAAGCUCUAUCAAAAAUAAAAACAAUUCUUUGUGACGAAAAGAAACAUAUUCGGUUUGGUGAUUGGAGUGCCGCUGAUAUUGAGGUGCUCAACAAAUAUCUGUUUCUGACGUCAAAACCUGCUCUGUACCUCGUGAAUUUGUCUGAGAAAGAUUACAUCAGGAAAAAGAACAAAUGGUUACCAAAGUUAAAAGAAUGGAUCGACAAGAACGACCCUGGCGCGCCGCUCAUUCCGUUUUCUGGUGUUUUAGAGAGCAAAUUACUAGAAAUGGAACCGGAUGAGAAGCAAAAAUUCCUUAAAGAAAACAACAUCACAAGCGCUCUAGAUAAAAUUAUCGUCCAAGGAUAUAAAGCGUUGCAGCUGGAAUAUUUCUUUACUGCGGGCGCUGAUGAAGUUAAAGCUUGGACUAUUCAGAAAGGUACAAAGGCACCACAAGCUGCCGGUAGAAUCCACACUGACUUCGAGAAAGGCUUCAUAAUGGCUGAAGUGAUGCACUACAAAGACUUCAAAGAAGAGGGCUCUGAAGCUGCUUGUAAAUCUGCGGGAAAAUACCGGCAACAAGGCCGUAACUACGUCGUUGAAGACGGUGACAUAAUAUUCUUCAAGUUCAACGCUGGAGCUGGUCUGAAGGACGCUAAGAAGAAAUGACGCGACAAGGUUCUUCUACUGCUAGUACACAUGCUGUACUUAAAUCUUGCGCUCUAUUCCCUUUUACAUGUCGCUUGAAUGAUGGACAUUUUUUAUACAUUCAUAAUUUAUUUAUAUUUCAAUAUAAACACUAUUUAAUUGAUUAAACUGGCUCAGACACAGGGGAAUCCGCGGUUACAAUUCAUUCGCUCUAUCUGUAGACUCUAUAGUCUUUGAUAUCUAAAAAAUCUAAAAGCUUAGGUGAUCAGCAUUGUUUCUAUAGAUCCCCUUAAUAAAACAAAUUAAAGAACAAAAACGGGUACUAUAAAAAAAUACUAUCAAAUUACGAUACUUAUAUUGCAUAAGAAAUCAUUAAUGUUUUAAAAACCGCGCGAUGUCCACUUUGUCUGUUCUAGCACUAAAAAGCUUCUUGUUUGUAAAAUCAAUUUUAUUAUAAGAAUUUGUAAAUUCUUACUGGCCUUAUAAUAUUAAUAAAUAGUUAUAUAACUUCAACAAA